AGUAGUCGCACCGGAGCCGAGGCUGAAACGUGUUCGGGAGAUCCGGGAAGUCCUGGUUACUUAUUUAAUAAUACUUUUAAAAAAACAUUUCAGUUGACGCAUUGUGAUUGGACACGUUACGUUCUCGACGUAGCGGUGCGUCAAACAAAGCGAACCCUUUAUAACAGUAUCAGCUAGUAGUCCUCGCCUCACUAACCGUUUUUAUUUCUCUAAAAGAGGACACUUUUUCGGGCUAAUGUUACUCUAAAUCAAAGGAACAACCAGUUUAUCAUCAACAUAAGAUGGAUCUCCGGCUACUUUUAAUAGCAACGUUAUCGGCAGUCCUCGGUGGCAGCUGGGCUCAGCAAGAGGGAAGCGUGUGCAUCAAGGCCAACGCUCAGUCAUGUGGGGAGUGUAUCCAGGUCGCCGAGUCGUGCGGAUGGUGCGGAGAUGAAAACUUCCUCACUGUGGGUGAGUCCAAGUCGGCCCGCUGCGAUGAUCUGGAGUCCCUGAAGAAGAGAAACUGUGACGUGGCCAAAAUCGAGAACCCACGUGGCAGCAUCAGCAUCAACAAAGACACACCGGUCACCAACCGCAAGAAGGACGUGGCGGAGAAACUGAAGCCGGAGCAGAUCACCCAGAUCCAGCCGCAGAAACUCACCCUCACUCUCCGAUCUGGUGAGCCCCAGACCUUCGAUCUGAAAUUCAAGCGUGCUGAGGAUUACCCCAUUGACCUAUACUACCUUAUGGACCUCUCCUUCUCUAUGAAGGAUGAUUUGGAAAAUGUGAAGAACCUUGGCACUGACCUCAUGAGGGAAAUGCAGGAGAUCACCUCAGAUUUCAGGAUUGGUUUCGGCUCGUUUGUGGAGAAGACGGUCAUGCCUUACAUUAGCACAACGCCCGCCCGGCUCAUCAACCCCUGCACAGGGAACCAGAACUGCACCAGCCCCUUCAGCUACAAGAACGUCCUGAAACUGACGGACAAGGGAGACGAGUUCAACAACCUGGUCAGUCAGCAGCAGAUCUCUGGAAACCUGGACUCUCCGGAGGGCGGCUUCGAUGCCAUCAUGCAGGUGGCGGUCUGUGAGAACCAGAUCGGCUGGAGGAACGUGACCCGCCUGCUGGUGUUCUCCACCGACGCCGGAUUCCACUUCGCUGGAGAUGGAAAACUGGGCGGCAUCGUCCUGCCCAACGACGGGAAGUGUCACCUGGAGAACAACAUGUACACCAUGAGCCACUACUAUGACUACCCCUCCAUCGCCCAUUUGGUUCAGAAGCUGAGUGAUCACAACAUCCAGACCAUCUUUGCCGUCACUGAGGAGUUCCAGCCUGUUUACAAGGAGCUGAAGAAUCUCAUCCCUAAAUCCGCUGUCGGCACGCUGUCCUCCAACUCCAGCAACGUGAUCAAACUCAUUAUUGACGCCUACAACUCUUUGUCUUCUGAGGUCAUUCUGGAAAACGGCCGUCUGCCAGAGGGAGUUUCCAUCUCCUACAAGUCCAUCUGCAAGAACGGUGUGGAGGGAACCGGGGAGAACGGGAGGAAGUGCUCCAACAUCUCCAUCGGAGACGAGGUGUCUUUCAAGAUUUCCAUUGAGUCCCAGAAGUGUCCAUCACCUGUCAAAACUGAGGUGAUUAAAAUCAAGCCGCUGGGCUUCACCGAGGAGGUGGAGGUGGUUCUGAACUUCAUCUGCGACUGUGAAUGCGCCGCUAAAGGAGAGCCCAAGAGCGACAAGUGCUACGAGGGCAACGGGACCUUCGAGUGCGGAGCCUGCAAGUGUAACGAGGGACGUAUCGGGCGUCUCUGCGAGUGCAGCAAGGACGAAGUGCGGACAGAAGAUCUGGAUGCAAACUGUCGAAAGGAUAACGGUACGGACAUCUGCAGCAAUAACGGAGACUGUGUCUGCGGCACCUGCGAAUGCAAGAAGCGCGAGAACCCUGCGGAGAUCUACAGCGGGAAGUACUGCGAGUGCGACAACUUCAACUGCGACCGCUCCAACAACAAGCUGUGCGGAGGACACGGCCGCUGCGAGUGCAGGAAGUGCAUCUGUGACGCCAACUACACCGGCAGCGCCUGCGACUGCUCCCUGGAGACGGCCACCUGCCUCGCCAAGAACGGGCAGAUCUGUAACGGCCGCGGGACAUGCGAGUGUGGAAACUGCAAAUGCACCAACCCCAAGUUCCAGGGUCCCACCUGCGAGAUCUGCCCCACCUGCCCCGGGGUCUGCGCCGAGCACAAAGACUGUGUGCAAUGCCGAGCAUUCGAGGCCGGAGAGAAGAAGGACACGUGUGAGCGCGACUGCAGCUACUUCCAGCUGAUCAAAGUGAAGGACCGCGACAAGCUGCCCCAGCCCACCGACCAGAGCUUCCCCCUGACCCACUGCAAGGAGCGGGACGCCAACGACUGCUGGUUCUACUACACCUACGCCAUCAGGAACGACACCAAGGAGGUGUACGUGGUGGAGACGCUGGAGUGCCCAGCAGGCCCUGACAUCAUCCCCAUCGUGGCCGGUGUGGUAGCAGGCAUCGUGCUGAUCGGCCUCGCCCUGCUGCUCAUCUGGAAGCUGCUCAUGAUCAUCCACGACCGUCGAGAGUUCGCCAAGUUCGAGAAGGAGAAGAUGAACGCCAAGUGGGACACGGGGGAGAAUCCGAUCUACAAAAGUGCCGUAACGACUGUCGUCAAUCCAAAGUACGAGGGCAAGUGAUGCAGCUCUGCCUUCCUUGUGACAACACUGUAUGGAGAAGAUAACGGGCGGGCGGAGGGGGGGGUUUUAUAAUGCUCACUGUUUGUUUGUCUGUUUGUUUGUUUGUUGUAAUCACCAAUGCAUUUUGCCACUAUUUCAAUUGUUUUACUAACUUUUUUUAUUUUCUAUGCAUCAUCUGAAAUGUGUACAGUCUGUGUCAAUGUGUGGGGGCGGGGGGGUUGUCUUUUUUUUGCGGGACUUGAGAGAAUGUGUCGAACUGAUUUGUAGUUUUUCCGCCGCGGGACUGGCAAGGUAACGUCUACUCUGUGCCUUUUUUUUAAUAUAAAACAAAAAAAUGUAUAGAGCCAUCAGUGUUUUGUCGAGGGAUUUAAAAUGGAUGUUGAUAAUGGGCAACAAAUGAAGGGUUCCUCUCCAAAGAAUCAAUGUGUCGAACACACACACACACAACCACACACAUACAUACACAUGCACACACACACACACAGUGAGCCAAGUCUUGCGAUUGAUUUGCCGUCAGAGCAAAGGUUUCACUGAAACUGAGCAGGCGUCUCUUUGGUUUGAAGCUCUUCAACUGUAGCGCCAGCUGGCCGAGAGUGGUAGCAAUGAAAUGUGUACAGUAUGUUUUGGUUUCUGUGUUAAGCCAUAUAUGUAUUCACAGAACAGGAUAGUGUGACUUUCUCCGUCUGAACAAUCAAUUGAAAUGUCUAGAAGAUAUGUCAUCGAGUGUACAGUAGUAUAACCAUUUGGCUCCAGGUUUUACUUGCUUAAUUUAAAGCCAACUCAGGUCCUUUUAAUUCUUCACAGCAAUGCCAAAAACACGCAAACCUGCCUUAUUCGCUAACUCUAAUUUGCUUUUUUUAUUAUUGAAAUGCCUUGUUUUUAUUUGUUGGUAUGAAUUUGGGAUUGGUCCCACUUUUUUUAUUUUCUGUUAAUUCCGCCAAACUUUUUUGUGGUGCUACGAUCAAACUUUUUAUAUCGGAAAGAAAUAGGAAUGGCAAUGAUGUCAUUUAGUUUUAAAGAUCAGUGGGAAGGGAACGAGUUUUAGAUCUCCAGGACUUUUGUAAAGAAAAAAAAAAGGUAACAACCGUCACCAUUUUUUAAGUGCCUUUUUUAUUUCAACACAUCACAUUUGCAAUUCUGUAUUUCUGAAAUUAUUUAUUGAAUAAACAUCAAAAACAAUUUACCCCUACAUUA